UGUCACGGGAGGGAAAUGCUCGGCUGCUGCGAGGCGGGGGCAGGCGUGGGGCCAGGCGACAACCGGCCCUCGCUGCGGACACAGUUGCUACAACAGCAGGGCUCGGCUUCAAAGGCAGCUGCUGCGCCUUCAGGGACCCCGGGCCGGCUUUGCCAGAGGAUGCCUCCAAAGAGCAAAGGGAAGGGGAAACGAGGAGCGAAGCAGCAGAAAAAGAGAAGUGCAGCAGAAAGCCAAGCUGAAGCGACGUCCAGGAGAGCGGCACCGGAUCCUGACAGCCUGGGAGAGCACCCGGCUCGCUGGAGGGACACGGCCCCGUGGGCGAGGGCAGACAGCGAGGGGCUCCGGAUGAGGCUGCGGGAGCUGGAGCAGGCGCUGGAGCAGGCACGGGACGACAAGAGAGACAUGCACAAAGAAAUGAGCCGGCAGUACCAGGAGCUGCAGAGGCAGGCGGCAGCACACAGCCAGCGCCUGGAGACGAAGGUGAACAGCCUGCAGGAGCAGCUCGCCACCAGGCUCCAGGAGAGCCGGCAGAGCCACGAGGCUGCCACCAAGGCCCUGGCAGAGCGGGACAGGACCAUCGCCCGGCUGCAGGGCAGGAUGAGCGCCAUGCAGAGGGAGUACGAGCAGAUCCUCCACGCCAGCCUGGACCUGGUGCUGGCCAAGCUGGCAGAGGCCGGGCAGCACUGGGAGGAGCAGGACACGGCCACGGCGCUGCAGCACAAGCAGCGCCUGCAGGAGUUUGGCCUCAACCCCCUGGAGAUGUAGCACCCUGGGGACCCCCCCCCCGGAGGGGGUCAUCAGCACAUGGAGGGCCUCCCAGCUCCACGGCCACCACCGCCCCGGCUGGGCGACGGGUCCUGAGCCCCAGAGCCUCCGUUACACCACCCACGCGAACGGCGGAGUGGGUUCGUGU